UUAUAAUUAUGAAUUAUUUUUUAUAUAAUCAAAUCUAUAUUUACUGUAAUGUAUAGUAGUCUUUUUUUUUUUUAUAUUACUAGGCAAUGUCUUCAUGUAUGUACAAGAAUAUUUUCUUUCAUAGCUAGAACUUUGUAAGAAAGCAGCAAAGUUUGAUAUCUUUCCAAAUUACAAGUGUAAAAAAAAAGACCGUACGAUUCGAUACGCUCUUUCCUGAUGCGGGAUAUUGAAAUUCAAAUGAAGUCUGUCCAAUCCCUAUAAACCAUUAACUCAUGAAAUAUUAAAAUGCUUACAAAACAACUGCACAUACACGUUAGGCGAUAUAGCUUGUCCAUGUCUUUUUGUUUUUAUGGACAUUUUAUUUAAAAUAGCAUGAUUCUUUCUUAAAACAGAUUUCUUCAAGUUAUAUUUUUUUGUUGUAGCAGAUAAAAUAAGAGAUUUUAAAUACAUUUUAUAUAUAUAUAUAUAUAUAUAUAUAUAUAUAUAUUUGUUAAUGCUUACUUAAUAACGGAAUAUAACAAUUCUUGUAGUCACACAAUACUAAUUUACUAAAUUAGCUAAAUUCAAUUUUUGAUAAUUUAAUCAGAAGCUACAUCGAUAUUCAAGUAAAUCGAAGUUUAGUAUUAAUUCUGAUAUUAAACGAUUCAAAUGGAAGAAUUUGAAAAAUUACGUUUUACUCUAAAUAUUCCAUGUAAAUUACAUAUUCCGUAUCGAAAAGCAACGAGCAUGACGUGACGACGCCACGCGGAGUCGGAUGGAUCAGGUCACAUUUCUUCUUAGCGGUCUAGACAGGCCGGUCAGGCAAGCCGGAACGAUCGUGCAGAAUCAUUCUUUUCAUUCCACUGGACGCGUCGAGCGUCCGUAGUAGAUGAGGUGAGUGUCUGGUUCAGCUGCAUGAAGAUGAACUCGGUGGAAAAAGUGUAUGGCAACGAGUGGGCAGCGUGGUGGAGAAAACAUUCAAUGGCCUUACAAGUUGGAAUGACAAUUUCGUGCAACAUCGCGUAUUUUGCGGACGCCGGAUACACGCGUAAGGCCGUGACGCUUUCGAUGAUUUUGCUAGGUGGUGCUACUUUGUAUUGUUUCUUCAAUCGUCAGCGAAAAAUAAAUACGCGGGAUCUUAUCGUUAUAUCCGGUUGUAAUUCUGGUUUGGGCUAUAGUUUAGCGAUGCACUGUCGUGCUAAAGGUGCGACAGUUUUGGCCGGAGUGCGUGAAAUUAUGACAGUGCCUAAUUCUAAUGCUGCUGUUGAAGCAUUGGAGAACAAAGGCGUCAUCGUUCACCAUCUCGAUAUCACUAAUGAAUUAUCCACUCGUAACUUUCGAGAUAAAGUCAAGAGUCUGUUGGAGGAACGACAGUUAGUAUUGCGCGCAUUGGUGAAUAACGCCGGGGUGAUGACUUUCGGCGAAUUCGAGUGGCAAACGCAGAGUCUCAUUGAGAAUCAGAUAAACGUAAAUCUAUUGGGAACGAUGAGAAUCACGCAGGAGUUAAUGCCGAUUUUACGAGAGAAUCGCAGCAGAAUUAUCGUGGUAUCCAGUCAUUGUGCCGACGAGCCUUUGCCAGGUAUAAGCGUCUACGGGGCUACGAAGGCCGCCCUCGACGCCUGGGCUACCUCUCUUCGGGUGGAGAUCGGCAAAUAUGGAAUUGAAGUGGUCUCUUUUAUACCUGGUGGCUUUGUAUCACAAAGCAAUAUUAUGAAACGGCAACGGCUACAUUUUGAAGAGAUGUCGCGAAAUAUGUCGAAAGAAGCAAAACAAUUUUAUGGCAACUAUUUCAAUCGAUACGCGGAGUAUUUUUCUCUGGUGUCACCCACAGAAAAUCUAAACAAUUUAAAGGUUCUGUCAGAUCCAAGGAUCUACGAAAUCUUCGACAAUGCUCUUCUCAACGUUUAUCCUUCAGCAGUUUAUAGAUGUGAAUCAUGGCGAUAUUUUCUUUAUCGCAUUUUAUUCAAGAGCACUCCGAUGUGGAUACGUGACCGAUUGGUACAACGCUUCGUCGUGGUGCCGCCAUGGCAGACCAAUGAAAAAUGAAUCAUCAUUAUUAUCUUAUUAAUUAGAAUUUUCCUUCUUUACCACGUACUUAUAUACAUACAUACAUACAUACAUACAUAUAUAUAUAUAUAUAUAUAUUUUUUUUUUUAUUGAAGAGAAAGCUAUUCCAAUUCAUUUAAAAAACUGAUUAUAAUAUGAAUAUGAAUUUCUAAAUGGAAUAAUUAUUACAUGUCCUUCUCUUUUUCCUUUUUUCGUAAUCUUUGUCGGAAAUAUUUUCUCGAACGAAUAAUCUACGAGAUUGACGCGAGUGAAUU